CCUUGAAGGAUAUCGAAGUUUUGUAGUUCCUGGGUUGUUGACCUGUCAGCGUUGUAGUACAAGCUGUCACAGUUAAGGAUACUUUGUCUGUCCUUCUGGUAGUAGCGGUUUUCGGACAGCAACACAGUGAGCUCCGGGGCUUCGGUCUCACACUAUCGGUUCCUGCUGGUGUCAGCUAACCAGCGAGCUAACGGCUAAAGCUAGCAAACAAGCUUUACAGCUAGCCUGCUAGCUAGCAUUCGACGGUAGCUAGCAGUGUUAGCUAGCGGUUCUCUGCAGUUGUCUAGCUAGCCUGCUGGCAGUACGAGACGAAGAAGCCGCCCACUCCUGCAAAGCAGCACUCCAGACAAAAGAGUGAACAAUGGAGGCUCAAAGCUCCAGCGAGCUGCUCCUGUCCAGAAAGAGGAGAAGAGAGGGCUCCAAUCGGGAAGCCGAGGAGGGUGAGAAGCUUGGGAAAAUCCCCAGAUGUACUGUGGGAUUGAAGCACCCGGCACCUUUUGCAGAUGAGCUGGUGCCAGCUGAUAAGAAACCCUACGAGAGAGUCAGCAUGGAGGAGGCAAAGAGGGGAACACAUCCUGAGAGACCGGUGCGGGUGUAUGCAGAUGGCAUCUUUGACGUUUUCCACUCGGGUCACGCCAGAGCACUCAUGCAGGCCAAAUGCCUCUUCCCAAAUACACACCUCAUCGUGGGAGUGUGCAGUGAUGACCUGACCCACAAAUACAAGGGCUUCACAGUGAUGAAUGAGGAUGAACGAUACGAUGCAAUCAGACAUUGCCGCUACGUGGAUGAAGUGGUGCGAAACGCUCCCUGGACGUUAACACCAGAAUUCCUCAAAAAGCAUCGUAUUGACUUUGUGGCCCAUGAUGACAUCCCAUACUCCUCAGCAGGCAGUGAUGACGUGUACAAACACAUCAAAGAAGCUGGUAUGUUCGCUCCCACCCAGCGGACAGAGGGCAUCUCCACCUCUGACAUCAUCACACGCAUAGUCCGCGACUAUGAUGUGUACGUCAGACGCAACCUCCAGAGAGGAUACACAGCGAAGGAACUCAACGUCAGCUUCAUUAAUGAGAAGAAGUACCACCUGCAGGAGCGCGUGGACAAGGUGAAGAGGAAGGUACGUGACGUGGAGGAGAAGAGCAAAGAGUUUGUCCAGAAGGUGGAGGAGAAGAGCAUCGACCUCAUCCAGAAAUGGGAGGAGAAAUCCAGGGAGUUCAUUGGCAACUUCCUGCAGAUGUUUGGCCCUGAAGGAGCUCUGAAGCACAUGCUGAAGGAAGGGAAGGGCCGCAUGCUGCAGGCCAUCAGCCCAAGGCAGAGCCCCGACAGCAGCCCCACCCGCGAGGAGCGCUCCCCCUCUCCCACCUUCCGUCUCCCCUUCUUCACCAAGACCUCCCCGCCUCCCUCGCCUCCACCCCACCACAGUGGGGCCCGUGGAUACCUCAUCAGCGAGGACGACGACGAAGACGAUGAAAACUAGAUUGAGACGCGUUUCGAUGCAUCAUCGUUGUUGGGCCGCAGUCAGACGCUACAAGUUCACUGGGCUGUCGAGUAUCGUGGUUUUCAUCGAGCUCCUGCUUCCAUUUCUUUGUUUUUGUUCAUGAUUUCAGCACUUCAGUGUCACGUUAACUGUAACAGCCAGUUUCUCCACAGCUCAUCUUUUUAACAGCCAAUUUUGUUGUCUUUGUUUUUUACGUAACGGUCAGUAAAAUUUACCACUAAUCAUCUGAGUUGUUUGAAAAUUAGUCUCAUUUUGAGUUUAUUAGUCACUCACUGUCCCUUAGGAAUAUUUGCAGGGGGCUGCACUGAGUGCACGCCUCCACCUAUGAUGGUUUUCUUAAGGCUGGCAUUGUAGUGAAAUAGGGUUUGUGUUUUUGUUUCUGUCAUGGAUUUAGCGGGAGGGCUCGCAGGUUUUUGGUCACGUGCUGGAACGGCACAUCUAGUUUGGUGUGGGAGAGGUGAGCUGAAACCUCACAGAGACACUGUUGAAUAUCUCCUCGGGAUGUUUUACAGAGCAGGUCAGAAAACUGGACAUUUAAAUGAGCUGCUCAUGUCGGGCAGUUUAUGUUCUGCUCAUACUAACAAGAAAACAACCUUUACUUUUUUUUUUUUCAAACAAGAAAUAACAAGAAAAAUCCAGAUAUCAUCAAAUCUGAGCUGAGCCUGAGUCUAGUGUUAUACAUCUACUAAACAGCAGCUUUUCCCCAUUUCUGUCUGCCUGCUUUGGGGCUACGCGUGUCUGUGUGUGCAUGUGAUGUUUGUGCGUGCAAGCUCUUACGCCGGCAUGUUUGAAACGUCGUCUGGGUUCAGCUUUGACUUUACUGCAUACAGUAAUAAAUUUGCUUUUCAAUGUUUUUGUCUGCUGACAAGAAUCAGUCUUUGGAAGACUAGUUUCAAAACUGGACGCCUUUUUUGUGGCAUAAAAAGUGAGGGUGACCCAUUUAAAUGUUGAUGUAGAAAUACUUAUUUUUGUAGAUUUCACCUUUCCUUUCUUUAUCCUCUGUACAGAUAAUGAUCUGAUCAUCUUUGUUUAGAAGAGCCUUGAAUCAACUUGAGCAAGACUAUAUCUUUUUUGUAAUGCACUUCCUGCAUCACCUGGGCCUGUAGGGAAGUAAUAAUUUUCAUUUGAUACAUGUGAUGGCAAAAGAAAGUAUUAAGUUUUAAUUCAUAUGUAUAAGAAGACCUGAGAACUGCCUAAAUGCCCUACUUCUCAUGAGAAAUGACAUUUUUUAGUCAUAAGCACACUUUUAUGAGUAAGGCUUUCUCAUUAGUAGCACACAAAACAGCUGCAAUAUUUAGUCAACAGGAAAUAAAAUGUUCACUUCAAUUGAUCUUUAAAAUGGCAGAAAAUGCUGUUUUCAGCCUCAGAUAUGGAGGUGUCCUGCUUUUCUGUUUUGUAUCACAUAAAAUUGAACACCUUUUAGGUUUCUGGGUGACAAAACAAGAAAUUUAAAGACAUCAACAUGGAUUUUGAGAAACUGGAAUAAACCAAACUAUCGAUUAAUCAAGAAGAUAAUGGGCAGAUUACUCAAUAAUAGAUGAUCAUUAGUUGCAGCCCUAAUGCACAAGGCUGUUGCAAACACUUGGGGCUUUUCCAAAUCCUGCACGAAUUGG